GAGAUUAGAUGGCGUUUGGAAAACGUAAACAAAAUGAAGAUGUUGGCGGUUCUGUAGAAGAAAAAAGAAGGGAAGAUUUGACAGAUGACCUUGAGGUCCACGAAGAUGGUGACGCUGACCCCGGUGAAGAAGAUGGAGAAGAAGAAUCGACCGAGCAAGGUGCUGAAACAUCUGCUAAUAAACAACCCUUCCUUGAUGAGGAUAAAGAGGAAGGAGUUUCAAAGACCGUCGUCACAAAGACCUAUAGCCCAUCAGCGGAAGCAUUUGGUGUGACAGAAAUAGAUAGUGUUGAUCUGAAAAUCAUGGAGUUUAUUACUGGGAAUGGUAUUCCUCUCAAUGCGAUGACCGAUGAGAAGCCCUCAAUAUUAUGAAAUGGUAUCUGCAAUUAAACAAGCUCCGAAGGGCUACAAACCACCUUCAUAUGAGGAAGCUAGAACCACACUAUUAGAUGCAUGCAAGGCAAAUGUACAGAAAGAGUUAGCACCGGUUCCAACUGUGGAUGAAGAAACAC